UCCAUUUCUGAUAUUAAUAAAGCUUCUUUCAUCGCUCUCCAUCUUAUAUACAUUAUGGGCAAAUCUGCUUGCUGCGACAACAAUGGAUUAAAGAAAGGUCCGUGGACUGCAGAGGAAGAUCAAAAGUUGAUGGAUUAUAUUCAGAAACAUGGGCACGGCAGAUGGCGAACACUCCCAAAGAAUGCAGGACUGAGAAGAUGUGGGAAGAGUUGUAGACUUCGCUGGACUAAUUACCUGAGACCUGACAUCAAGAGAGGGAAGUUCUCUUUCGAGGAAGAGGAAGCCAUCAUACAAUUGCAUAGUAUUUUGGGAAACAAGUGGUCAGCUAUUGCUUCUCGCUUGCCUGGGAGAACUGAUAAUGAGAUCAAGAAUUACUGGAACACCCACAUCAAGAAAAGGCUGUUGAGAAUGGGAAUUGAUCCAGUGACCCACAAGCCACGCCUAGAUCUUCUUCAACUCUACUCAGUUCUCAAUUCAUCUAUCUACAACUCGUCUCAUCAGAUCAACAUCUCAAAUUUGCUUGGAAUUGGACCCACGUUGAAUCCAAAUCUACUCAAUCUAGCCACCUCUCUCUUGUCAUCUCAAAGCAAUAGCCAAGACACUAGUCCUGAAAACGUUCAAGAAAACCAACUUGACAAUCCCCAAAUUCAUCAAAAUCAAUUCCAGAGCUUACAGCCAAACCAAUACCAAGCCUGUAUAGACUCGAGUGCACAAUUUCUAAAUGAAACCCAACUCCUGGAAUCCAAUUUGGAGCAGCUUAAUUCUACUAGCCAAGCCAAUUCCAUCUUCCAAAAUUCUUUGCAAUGGGAAGAAACUAGAAAUUUUCCUGAUAUGGGAGAGAGCUUGACGCCAUACUGUGGAUACUAUGAGAUGGGUAACCAAGACAUGAUUAAAAGUUCAUUUGAAAAUCUAUCAAAUAUGGGUUUCAGCUCACUGAUAUCUACAGCUUCGUCGAGCACGACUCCAUUGCAAUCGUCGUCAACGACAUAUGUGAAUGGUGGAAUAGAAGAUGAAAGAGAUAGUUUCUGUAGCAACAUUUUAAUGUAUGAUAUUCCAAAUAACUUGGAUGCCAAUAAUGGGCUCUUGUAAGAUAAUCUAGUAAGCAGCUAUACGUUUGUUUUCGAGAAAUUCUAUGUAACUUUGGAUUUUGAUUACUGUAUAUGAAUAUUGAAUUAACGUAUGAAAUGUUAUAUAUUCACACAUCCAUGU